AUGGACUCCGCCAAGCCUGUUGUCGCCGUUUUCUACCAGGCUUUGCCCCCACCAAUGUAUGGGGGUGUAAGCAAGCCCCCCAAACCGGGAGGCUAUCGGGAUUCUGGCGCUGAUGUCGCCUAUUCGCUGAAAUGCGUCGGAACUACGAUUCUGACGCCGGUAGAAUCUCCAGACCCCGCAGAUCAGAAUCAGUGGUGCUUUCCCGAUACCCAAGAAGGAAUCAUCUCCGCGAUUCAAAAAGGCGCAACGCAUCUUUGGGCCAAUACAGUCCUCUUCGCAGAACACCCGUUGCAGACGUCCCCGCAAUUGACUCCCUUCGAGUCUAGCGUAAAAGUUAUUGGUCAACCUCCACUUUGUGCGGAUCGAUUUGAUGAUAAAUCAUUUACGAAUGAGCUACUCCGUCAGCAUGGUGAACUCAAUCUACCAAGGUCAUGGACUGUAGAUGAUCCACGGAUAGCGACGGGUAUUAGCAAUGGCUCCACUGGACACGCACAAGCGCAGCAAUCGGUCCAGAAAACACCUGACGAGGUCUUAUCGUUGAUCAAGGAAGAUGACUAUCCCAUUGUUGCGAAACCCAUUCGCGGACGGGGUAGUCACGGUGUAAAGAUCUGUGAAAACGCUCUAGAGCUAGCAGAACAUGUGGCACACCUCUUCAACGAGUCACCCCGUGUCUUGCUGGAAGAAUAUCUCACCGGGGAAGAGGGAACAGUCACGAUCAUGCCACCGUCUCAGGAGCCGAUCCCGGGUUUCGAGUAUUUAGAUCGGCAUUUAAGCCAUUGGGCUUUGCCGCCUGUGACCCGCUUCAACCAUAUUGAUGGAAUUGCGCCAUACAGCGGUAGAAUUGCGGUGACGGCGAACUCGCGCGCAGUGACUGCGACUGAGAUUGGAGCGGAUCCUGCGUAUACGAAUAUCAUGAAAGAAUGCGAGACCGUAGCCGGGCUGCUGGGCACGACUGCGCCGUUGCGCAUUGAUAUUCGACGAUUCAAAGCAGGUUCAAAAUUUGCCUUGUUUGAUAUCAAUAUGAAGCCGAAUAUCACAGGGCCUGGACGUCCUGGUCGCGAUGAUCAGAUGAGCCUCAUGGGCCUUGCAGCUGAGAGUGUGGGUAUGGAUUAUCCCAGUUUCCUGCAGUAUGUACUCGGGUCGGCGCAGGAACUUGGACAACUUCGGCGUUACAGCAGUACGCUUGGCAGCUCGGCCGAAUAG